AUUGAGGGGAAAAUCCCCUGUCGGCGUGUUUGCCGUGAGAGGGUGCGCUCACUCAAAGCAGCAGAUAUGGCGACAAGGAUUGCAUUGUUAAACGCCAAAAGAAAUCAAAACAAGGAGAAUGUCCGAUGUCAGAAGUGCUUGGAGAUGGGUCACUGGACCUACGAGUGUACCGGCAAGAGGAAGUAUGUGCAUCGGCCGUCCAGGAUAUCAACACUCAACAAGAAGCUGAAACAGAAGCAGAAAGAAGAUGAGCAAGGGGCCAAAAGGCUAGAGAACUCAAGGAGUGACAGCAGCUCUGAUGAUGAAAGCGACGAGACAUCGUCAGGAACCAUUGAUUCCGAUUCUUCUUCCACGAUCAGCUCCGAAGACGAAUCAAGCGAUGACGACCUCAGCUCCAAAGAGGAUUCCGAUUCUGACUCGUCCGGUACGAGCGACUCAGAUUCAGACAGCAGCGAUGAUAGCGUGCCUCGGAAAAAGCGCAAACGAUGAAAGGAUGUGAGUGGGAUUCAGCGACAUUUGCAGUGUAGUUGAACUGCCUCUGAUGCCAAUUGGACAAGAUUGAUAUUUAUAAAGACAAUAUCGAUAGGCUGGAUCGGAAUUCGCCAAGAUACUUUUGCACAGGGCUGCGUUUGUCCCGCUCAGAGCACCGAAAGCAUUUGGGUACUCUGCCGUUGAAGCCAAUGAUUACAUUCGCUUUGGUGCAAUAUUUUAGAAGAUCAAGCAAUUUUUGUAUACCAGGGACCCUUUGCCGUGUUUCCGUCUUUUGAAUGUAUUUUGAUAUUAUUGUAUAGUGAAUUGAAUUUUCAAUUUGAAUCAAUAUUAUAAUGAAUGUGUCUACAUUACAUGGAUAUGCCAUUUCAUGUAAUGUCAUUGUAAAUAAUGUUAUAACGGGGGCAACAGACAAGUCUGCUGGGACCGGGGCCCGGCUUGGGGGCGGUGCUUAGUAGGAAGUUUGGUUAGUAACAUGAAUUGAUAUAAAAAAGCAAGUGAAUAUUAAAGCUGAAGGCAAACUUGUCUCUUUUGACAAGAAAUAAAUUAUUUUGGAAUUUAAUUUCAUGAAUCAUCCAUUGCAAAACACAGUCAUAAUUGUGUUUAUUCAAAUAAUUGAAAAGAAAUUCAACAGAUAUUGCUACCAAAAUAGUUGUCUCGACGCAGGAGGCAGUAACAUUGUCCUUGCAGAAGUAAUACUGUAUGGCCAUUUUUCAGAAGGGACAAUGUAUUUAAUUUAAAUUCAGAUUCCAGUCAAUAAUUAUUCAUGUACUCAAAUUUUGAUUUAAAUGUUUCUAUUUUGAUCUUGUCAUACAUCCAGGGCCCCAAUGCAUGGUAACAAUGCUUAACAGCUAAUUGAAAGUUAAGGAUUUCAUGGAAAUUCAAGUUAGCAUAGCAUACAUGUAGCUGUAGUAACUUUUAUGAUGAUAUUCAAAAUGAUUAAAAAAUCUAAAUAACCAACCUCAAAAAGUUAUUAGUCAUGUGUACAGAUCCCCCAUCCAUUCCAUAUACCAUGUAAACAUGACUAUUCAAAGGAUAGCUCUACAGCCUUUUGAUUUGAAAUUAUAUGUGUAUAAUCAUUUAUUUCACACAUAUAUACUACCAAUAGGGUAAAUUUGUGUAUAAUUGUAUUACAUUUUUUCCUCUUUUUUUUGAGGGGGGUGGACAAAAAAUGGUGAUAUUGGAUAGAAAAAGCAGUAGAAAAGAUGAAAUGAUAAUUGGGUACUUGAUCGAAAUAAAAUGUCAUGCACAUUUUCUCCUUUUUAUAUGAUAUGUAAUUUUCUAUGAUGAGGAAUUCAUUAUGAAUUACAAUUGUAAUAAACACCAUAAUUAGCAUAAUAAUGUGCAAUAGGCCUACAUGUGGACCUAUGUGUAUUCAUAAAGGCUGAAAAACAUAUUUGUAAGUCAAGUUUUCAAGGGUUUUCUAUGACAAGGAAUUUAUUGCAGUCAUAAAUGGCAUAACUGGCACACUGAGCCAACAAGUACAUGUAUUUGUAUGGACUUCUUUGUCAAAUUUGUUGUAUACCCCCUAAAUUGAAUAGUACAACUCUAAUUGGGUGUUCUAUAAUGAGAAAUUUAUUUAUCACAUCAGAUUAUAGCAAUUUUAACUGAUGUGAAUAAAGUAACAGAAUGAGCUACAUGUACAUGUACAUAUGUAGUAACAUACGGUUGACUUAUCUCAUGAAACAUGCCUUCAAAAAUCAAACCAAGAUCCGGCAGAAGAAAUGAAAAAACUUAAUUAUUUUCAAAUAUUGUAUUUUUUGUCAUCACCCAUUGGUCUGAUUGGCUGCCUGUUUGGGAGCUGGUGUCCUUAUUUGCUAGAGUUCCUGUGAGUAGUGAGCUGACCGGGCUAGUCCCUUAAGUUGUCGGUGAACGGAGCAGUGAGCACGAGGGCACCAGGCCCCGCCAGGAUGUAGCUGAGAUUUCUGAGAAGUGAUGCAAAUAUACAAUCAAAUGCGUUUAACUAUGAAGCAGAAUUUUUAGGUUAUGAAGUUAAGUUGUAGAUUUGUUUAUAUUUGUAGAUUGUUUUAUAAAAGAAAAUUUUCUGAACCAGUGCGAUGAGCGAGUUUUGACCGUACAGUAUGUGUGUUCUACAAAUCUACACUAUUAUUAUUUUUUGGCUUAUCUAGCAGGAAUGAAAAAAUAACAAAUAUAUUGUACAUGCCAGAUGUACAUAUAAAAUAAUAUUAAAAAUGAGAGAAUAAACGGUCACGUUAUUAAAUUUUUCAUCUGUCAUUUAUCCUUGUCAGUGGAAACACUAGAUAAGUUGUAUUUUUCAAGAUUUCUUAAUAAGCAAUGACAAGAAGUCCACAUAAUUAUGCUACUCAUCAUUAAAUGUUUAAAACUAGUAUUACAUGUCAUUAAUCAAUUCCUUGUUAUAGAAAUCACCAGAGGAGCUGUAUCAUUUUAUGUUUAAGGAUUGAUGGUGAUUGCACUACUUAAAUUCAUAAAUCAAUUCCUCAUCAUUCAAAAGGCUUUGCAGAGCAAAGUUUAGACCUCAUGAAUUGUACGAAUUCUAUUCAUUAUAAAAAUCUUUAUGAUGACACCACAAAACGAUCAAUAUCCAGAUAUUUGCAUUUAUUCUUGACUGAGGUGUAGUAGACUCUCGAGAGAUCACAGAGAUAUUGUACAAUCCCCUGUGAGGAUCUUACAGAGCCGCUACGAUGUCUUUUCAGGGCUAUUAUCUUUAGUGUUUGAAAUUUUGUCUGAGUCUGCACUGAACGAAAUCAUGGACCUUACUGUACAAUGACUUUGAAUCUGUAUUAUAAUCAUAUGAUCAUUGUGUACCCCCCUCAGGAAGUUGUAUAAUUACAGGGAUGCGAUCACCUGACGAGAACAUUUUAGUGAUUAUAGACGGAAUAUCAUAUAAAAAAUUGAAUAAUAAAGAGUAAGGUUUAACUUGUUAUAGGGGGCAUUUUUUAUUGCAAACACAAAUGGGAAAAUUAUAAAGGGCAUCAAAAGUAUUAUAGAGAUAAUAACAGGGCUGCCAAGUAGUACUGAUUUUCACUAUUUAGUAUUUAAUAAAAAAAUGAGGAGAAUACUUAUGCUUUCAUGCAAAAUACUGAUCUCUCAAAAUUUCAGUUUUUUAGUUGUCUUCAGAUAGUAUUGCUUUAAAAUACUUAUUACCUUACCAAAAUAAUGAUUUUAGUUUUUUAAAUUCUGAAAUGCUCUUUUUAAAGUUGGCAGUUCCGCUUUUUUUUGGGGGGGGGGGAAUGUGGGGUAUUCAGGCCAGUCAUCUGAGCAUCCACAUCUUCCCCCUCAUGGCCUUGGGUUUUACAUUAAUAAGGUUUAAUGAAAAAGAUAAAGUGGGUAAUAUUUCAAGGUCACAGAGUCAAUACCUUUUACUAUAUUGCAUUGUGUAAUGCAUGCAAGUCCUGCCAAGGUUUCUCCACUUGUUUAUUCAGUACAGGAAAUUUUUGUCAUGCAAAUGUAAUUGAAUGAACUAAAUGUCAGUUAAGACCGUGUGGCCUGUUUUCUGAAUUUUGGUUGUAGUUUAAAUCCUUGUCUGAACUUGUAUUUUAAAUAUGUCACAUUCUGACACUUUCUUUAACAGUAGAGGUUCAAUCCAUGAAAAACAUUGGUGCCCAAAUCAUUCAUGAUUUUCUGAAAAUAACUUUUUCUUCACCAUUAAAUUAUGAGGAAUGAAUACAAUUUAGAAAAUAAAUAUUCAACAAAACAAAAUUGUGUAAUUUUUGGCUUCAUUUAAUUUCAGUACCGAGUUCAGUAGACCAAGGUCAAACUCGACUUCAGAAUAUGGGCCGAUAUCACUUUGUCCAAAACAUUUUCAUUAUCAUAUAUGUGACUUUUUAUGCAUUUGCUACUCAUGAACCCAUUUCUUUUCUGUCUAUUUAUGAUAACUCCAAGGAGCAGGUCCAAGCUAUAGCAUUGUUGUUGUGCUGACAGUUCAAAGUAUCUUAUUUUAUGUUUAAUACUAUGUAGGUGCCACUAGGAAUAAAGCAAGAACAAUUUGUGUGUAUUAGGUUGGAAAUGAUUUGCAAGCAUUGUCAGGCUUAGAUUUAAGAUGAUGUGGUAAUAAGGUCUAGUAGAUAAUUGUGGAGUUAACUCUAAUAGUCCUGGGGUGGGGGGUUCCCAUGAUUGCCCUCGAUAUUUUGUGUGUUAUAUCUGUAACUUAGAGGACUGUGCUAUGUUGGUGACUAUUUCCUUACUAGUUUCAAAUCCAAAUUUUUCAAAAAGAAAAAGGCAAAAAAGAGAGAAAUCCAUACAUAUGAAUUGUAAAAAAAACAAUUAAGUAUAUAAGAAAUGGAUUUAAUAACAGAAUCUUUUUCAAGUACAAUUAUUCAGAAUGCUAUUAUGAGCAAUCACCCAAACAAUUAGCACUCUUAGGAGCUUUAGUGUUAUGUGACUUGAAGAAAAAAAAUAUGAUUCAUGCAUAAAUUUAGCUACACAAUGGCAUAGAUUAUGUUAUUUUUUCCAUCAUUCAAUUUUUUUGUAUGUAUUUUUCACAAUACAUUAUUAUAAAAUUUAUUUUUCAUCCUGUGCAAUUUUGAUAUCAAACUGAAUUUUUGAUAUUCAGAGUACAAGCAGAUACUGUUUUAAGCACACUUUUAAAAUACACUCUACUUCUAUAAAUUGAGAUUUUGUUGGUUUGGGGAGUUGCACUGAUAUUCUUGCAAUUUUUGCUGUUCUAGAAAAAUAUGAAGAUUCAAUAUGAAAAAAAGUUAUCUUUUGUUACAAAGUUAUCAACAAUUUCUAUUUUUCAAGCUAAUGUACAUAUUUAGGAAUAAUUUCUAUUUUAUUUUUCAAAUUUUCCAUAGACCUAGUAAUACGGUGGCACUCCUGUGAUUCUGUUUUUAUUCAGACAGCCAAUUAUGUAGAGUUGGAAAUGUGCUUCUUUAUAUCAUCAUAUCAUUUAAAAUCUUGAAUUGUUAAUGAUACUAGCAAAACAAUGUGGGGGUGUUUCAAAGACAAUCGUAUCUGACUUCAAAGUCAUGCUUAAGUGUUGAUGUGCACAUAAUACUUAAUGAGCAUUCUUGUUGAUUUGCUAUGCAGCAAAGCGCAUCCCAUGAAUGUGAUCCAACCUAUACAUGUAUGGAGAUCUGUUAUUUUCCAUAUGCUACUUGGAAUUUAAGAACAAUUUUUAGUCACUCUCAAAUCUUGGUUAAACAUCCCCUUAAAUUGUUCUCUUGUGUCACAUGUAAUGUCAGAUAGCUUGGACCUGCUCUUAAGUAUUUGAUUGUCUGUACUAUAUACUUUGCUUUGUAACCUUUAUAUUGUUUCUUUCUUGAAGAAAAUGUAAGACCAGCAGCCGAGAAGAUUCAUUCAAGUGACAGGACCAUAGCAGUUGACCCCGUUGAUUGAUGGUGGUAGGCCCGACACCUCACAAACAUGGCUUGCUGUUCGGUUUGAGUUGGGGUCUUCCUGCCAGAAUCACACAAUUAGUGACAUCACUACCAAAAGAUCUACUUUUUAGUGUGCAGAGAGGGGCACUGGACACUGUUGUACAUGGUAUACAGCUUCCUUAAAUGUAAGUGCUUUAUUUCUGAUUUCAAUGAUAUUUGGUGUAGCCUAGAGUAUGCAAGACAAUGCCAUUGGUUUUCCAGAAAUUAUUGCUCUGAGGGUUAAAUUAUUUUAGAGGUAGAAAGAGUAUUGUGCAGCAGUUUCAAACAUGUGGGGCUUUUUUUCCACAUUUUGCCCCAAUUGCCUAUUUUGAAUUCAUGUUAUUGUUUUUUAAUCUUUGGAAUCAAAAUCCUUUCAUGAAAAUCUUUCAAUACAAAAUUCUUGAAGGCAACUUUGAUAUUGCCGUUUUUCUCUAUUUACCUCCCUGUACUAUCUGCUCUAGCUGUUGGUCAAAAUUUAUCUUUUAUUUCACACUGUCCCAACAUGAUAUCUGACAUGACUGAUUUGCUAAAAAGACAAAGAAAUCAUUUACAAGGAAACUUAUAUAUUUUUCAGACUUAGAUCUCAUUAUUUUUUUCAUUAAUUGCAGAGCCAUGAUACAUGUAGAGCAGUGCAAAUAAUUUUGCAAUAAAUCUUCCCUUUUUUCUGUACAUUUUAAUUUUUGGACAGAAUUUUUCAAUCAUUUUGGUCCUUUCCCCAUUCACCAUAAACUUUUUUUUUGAAAAUGCCAAGUGUGUAUCCAUCAUGUAAACACAGAAUGCGAGAGAUUUAGGCAAGACCUGUGUUGGAUGAUAAUGAUAUUGUGAUGAAGGUGGCUUCUCAAUAUCAUUUCGUCUGCCAAAAAAUAAAAAACAAAACAAAACAAAACAAAACAAAAAGACAAAAACUUUUGUCUUCUAUACUCAAUGUCCGAUAAAAAGUUUAACUCAUUUUAUGAGGACUGUGCACUUCAAUGGUUUUUCCACAAUGUUCCCUCAAUCACUGCAAUACAAGUUAGUCUGGAAUCUAGUCUUAGAAGUGCAAUGUCAAAUUUUGAUUUCUGUCUGCCAGCAAGUGUUAUUUGCUUUUCAAGAGCCUUGCUGCUGUAGUAUUUCGAGUUGACCUUUAUUAUCACUAUUUUGUAUUGGGCCUUUUGCACGUUUGAUGGAGCAGUUUAGCCAAGACGGCUUUGGAGCUUGGUGGCAGUGAUCAAGGUUGAUUAAGAACUGGUCUGCACUGCAAAGAAGAGAAGAGAGGACCUAUGUUUGAAGAGAGCACUGUUGACUUCUGGAAAUUUGUUUCAAUUGCCUGUGACAUUCUAGUUCUCUCUGAUCAAAAGGAUUAGUGUUCUUUUCAACCUAUGUGUUGGUAUCCAUAGCUCUUCAAAACAUUUCGUAACUGAUCAUCCACUUCAUAACCAACAAUAAGUUGUCAGAGAAGGU